AUAAGUUUGAAUGCUCGUGGGUAAUUUGGAAAAUAGUAAAUAGUUCUGAUAAAUUAAAAAAAAAACAAUUAAGAAAGCAAAAUAUCUAUGUUAAAUUUAUGUUAUAACAAGAAAUAAAAAUAUGGAUGGCCCUAAAACUAUUGUUAUACCAGAUCCCGUUUGUAAAAGUUCAGGCAUAGUUGCUACAUGGGCAAAUCCAGAAAUUUUAUCUGUCAGAGCUUAUCAACAUAUCACAAGUUCUACAAAAGAUACUCCCUCACCCUAUGAGAACAAAGAUAUAAAAAUCCACCACAUAAGGAAAACUAACAUUCUUCAAGAUAAAAUACUUCGUAAGCUUGUUAAUGAAUCUAUUGGUAGUUUUCUAUCAGUCCAACAGGUGUCUAAUGAUAAUGCCCAACAGAAAUUAGUGAUUUUAUCGAGACAAUACAGGUCGAUUAUCAGAGCUUGUUUAGAAAACCUUCAAGAAAAGGUGGAUAACUUAAGUCUCAAUGAAGAGAAGAGAAGUGAAUAUCAAAACUAUGUCACUAUUUUUUAUUCUGUUGAAUGCCUUUGGCACUUAUGUGAAAUUAUAUUGAUAGAUUCUGUUCCUGGUAAUAUUAUUGUUCCUCAGCUUUUAUCUUGGAUCCGUCUUCAUUUCCACACGCAUGAAACAACUGCAUCUCAUUAUUAGUUCAAGGAGUAGGGCCC